AUGAGCUUUGUGAGGUUCUAUUUUAUAGGUCUUGGCGUAGUGGUUGUCUGUUUGGCAAUAGCUGGAAUCGGAUGUGCCCGACAAUCUCGCAAGGCGUUCAUGUUUGCCGGUGUCGGCCUUCUUCUCACAGUCCUGUUAUUCGCUGUUUCAAUGGCGUGUUGGCACUACGUAAACUAUCUCGAGCGAGCUGUGCUGGAGAUGUCACCAUUCUACAAGUCGUGGGAACCGAUCCUCAAGUCCACAACGCGCUUCAACUUUGGCUGGUCAUUAGUUGUGGCAUGGGUUGGAAUACUCUUUAUCUUAUUCGCUUCCGUCUUUUUCAUCUGUUCAGCCAGCCGAUUAAAGCCUGAGAGUGAUUUUUUUCCAUAUUUGGCUUUCUAUCAUAGUGACCAUGGUAAGUUACCUGAGUAA